AUGGUUUUGAAGAUGGUCCCAGAAGGCGCAGAUAAUAGUGAACAAAGUGAACUGUACAAUAAAAGUGGUCAUUUCAGAAGCUAUCAAAAUAGAGACAGACAUACCCAUAAUAACCAUACCGCAAAGCAGGACGGUUAUAAAAAUGAUCGAGAUACGCGUUAUAGAAAAGAUUAUGGCCAAAGUUAUAGCGAUCAUGAAGAAAAGAAUAACCGUGACGUAAAUGGCUUUUACAAGGAAAAUAAUCAGGAUGAAGCUAAUGGUCAUUAUGAAGAAACCAAUACAAAUAGCGUUAAUAGUUAUUACAAGGAAACUAAUAGAAAUCAUGUUAAUGGUUAUCAUCAAGGAGGCCAACAUAGGAAUGACUACGGGAAGUCCACACACACAGCGAGAAAUGAUAGAAGCGGCAUGGAUUCAAACAAAGAUCAAAAAACACAUUCACCAACAGCUUAUAAAAAUCAUGCUGGUCAUGAUUAUAAUAUUCGUAAUUGCAACAACAAAAGCACAACACCUAAGCUUUCCGAAUCAGCAUACGAAAAAACAAAUGCUGACGAUGAAUAUCACUUGCCUUUGGAUGACAUUCCUUCGAAUGAUUGGAUAUUCAAUCAAGAGCAUAUCCGUGACAUGACACCCUCGAGGAUCUCCCCAAAUAAAUACGUUGACUAUGAACAGGAAAUUACCGUGCGUACUAAGUGUGUUCAAAGGAUUGUGGAAAUUGCGUUGACUUUGAAUUUGAAUAAACAGGCAGUCAUUUUUGGUGGUACAUACAUUCAUCGUUAUUUUAUGUUUAACCACAUCCAAGAUUAUGAUUAUAAACUCGUCGCUGGCGCUGCAAUAUGCAUAGCAGUAAAAGCUGCCGAAAAUUUGAAGAAACUUGAAACCAUCGUGAGACUUAUUGCUCGAAUGAUUAAUCCGGAAAUUGAAGGCAAUGAGGAACUGUUACGGGAAGUGCGUGACUCAAUUAUCCUUUUAGAAAACAAGUUACUCAUUGAUUUGAAAUUCGACACAGAUAUGGAAUUACCAUUUACUCAUUUCGACCAAUGGGAAUUAUCUGAGCUUUUUGGCGCAGAUUACAAGAGGAAAUUGUCAUGGUUUCCAAAGAUUACCAUGUAUACGCCGGCGGUUAUAUUAUAUUCCUCUAAAGAAAUUGCUGCCGCUUCGUUCUUCUUAACUUGUCUUCAUGAACAGAAAAAGUUCCCGGGACUGCUCAUUGAGAAAUUCGACGUUGAUAUGGAAAGAAUUGGUCACUUGGCUACUUAUGUGCACCAAGUGUUCAGUGUCGUUAUACUGAAAUCUAUAAUACCACCGAAAACCGAAAUCUCCGAGGGGAAAUCAACACCAAUACUAAGUUUGGUCGAUCAAAAUUUUGCAAGUAUUGAUAGCUUAAUAGAAUUUUGA